CAAAGUGCCCUUCACGUCACACCUCUUCUCCUGUUUCCACCUGGAAAACUUUUUUCUUCUACUUUUUGGCCCUCUAAUCGCAAUAGCACGCUUUUCUUGUAUACCGAGCACAGGAGAGAACCCCACAGCUGCCGCUAUAGCCAGUACACCCGCGUAUUUCUUUUUCCACGAGCAGCGCAAACCCGCAAAUGCUAAAGUUUGAGAAUUCGUUCUGGGACAAUCCAGGGCCAGGACAGCAGCCCCGAUAUGAGCGGGGGCCCCAGCGGCUCUACGAGAAGCUCGAGCAAGGCUCCAGCGAGUGUGACGAGCUCCUUUCCUUUCUGCGCGACCGCGUGAUGAUCGAGGAGGCGUAUGCCAACAGCCUGCGCCAGCUGUCCGAGCGGCGGCUGUCCCCCAAGGGCUUUGGGCGCGACGAGGGCGCGACGCUCAAGACAGCGUACCGCGGGCUGGUCGCCGAAUGCAUGGCGCUCUCCGAGGCCCACGCCGAUUUGGCGCUGGAGCUGACCAACUCUGUGAUCAUGCCCCUGCGGAAUUUCGCCACCGAACACCGUGCCCGCGUGCGCUCGUCGUGGAAGAUUAUCGACGACACGGUCAGGCGUGCGUCGGCCGAGAUUAACCAGGUCGACAGGAACCAUCGGGUCUAUACGCAGAAGGCUGCCAUUGCUGAGCAGAUGCGUCUGAAGGAGAGCCCGUCGGCGAUGCAGCCGCCGGCUGGGUCCGAUGUCUUCGAGGUGAAGCCGCGGCCCAGCAUGAACCUGCCCACGGCGGAGGCAGCAGCUGCGCAUGCGGCCGAUGUGGCGCGCUCGGGGGCUGAGCCACUGUCGCCCAUGGAUGGACGUGUGCUGUCGUCAAGCGGCGAUAUCGGCGUGAUCCACUCGCCGGUUCCGCCAGUGCAGGGUGAGCUAGAUGUGGCCAGCAUUGUGCUCGGCAACGUCGCCCUGACCAGGCACGAAUUCCACGUCAUGCUGCAGCGCAUGCAGACCGAGGUGCAGCAGCACGACGUCAGAUUUGGCAUCCUUGGUACAUUCCGCGGGUUGAUCUCCGGCGAGAGCCUUGCUGGUUGGUGGUGCACCAACUAUCCGACUGUGGUGCGCAACGAAGCCGACGCGAUCUCGGUCGGCCAGAGCAUGAUGAAUCAGGGGUAUCUGCGCUUCAUGGGUCGCGGCUCGCAGUUCCAGUCGCGCUCCAACGCCUACUACCAGUGGAAGAAGCCGGCGCUCGAGUUCCAGAGCGACGACGACUAUGACAGCGACGAUGAGCCGCUGGGCAACCGCCGCCCAUUCAUGGGCAAGGUCAUGACGUACGAGCGGGCGCAGCGCGAGGCUGACGAGGCCAGCUCGAUCUACCGCGAUUCGGCUGUGCGCGCAGAGCUCCUGCGCACGGACCUCGAGGAGGGCCUGACAAACUACCUCGAGACGAUGGAGGUCUGGGAGCUCAACCGCCUGAUGAACAUGAAGAGCACCAUCAGCAGCUAUGGCAAGGUCUGCAAGCUGCCAGUCCAGGCAGAGCUCUCAAUCGCCGACCGCCUGGAGGUCUAUGAGGAGAGCAUCAAGCCGCAGCAGGAUAUCCAGUGGGCUAUCGAGCACUACGGCACGGGGCGAUUCACCCCACGGCCGAUUCUGUUCCGCCCCUUCAGCCUCAGCCCGGCCGAGUACCAGAUCUUUGGCGUGCCGCUCGACGAGCAGCUGGUGGUCUCACACAAGGACAUCCCGCUGUUCCCAGCUAAGGCCCUGAGUCUGAUCCGCAAGGCGUCACGGGACAUGGAGCCUGCAGACCGGUACAAGAUCUGGACCACUCGCACGCUGCUGAAGAACAUCCACGAGCUGCGCAACGGCGUCAACCGCGGAUCGCGCGUCACACUGAAGCAGCUACGCGAGUACGACCUGGCCGUGGUCGCCAACACUCUAGUUCUCUACCUGCUUGAACUGCCCCGCCCGCUGUGUCCUGAUGAGAUUUACGACCCCCUGCGUGCCGUCUACGGUUCGCGCAGCGAAAAGGACAGCUCGCUUGACGCCCUGCAGUCCAUUAGCCACUUGUUGCAGGGCAUCAGCUACGCGCACCUGAGGACAUUGCAGGUCCUGUUUGCUACCAUCAACGAGCAGAUUCAAGGCGAUGUAAGCCCUGAGCGGGAGGAGUUUGUGCGUGCAGUCAGCCAGCGCCUUGGCCCAGUUAUCUUGCGAGCACACGAGAUCGUCGGUGUCACCGUCAACCGCUUGCCGGAGCACUUUGCCCGCGACCUGAUCGAAAACUACGAUGUCAUUUUGGCCAACAUCCAGAUUGAGCGGCCAACCAAACCCACAGAGCAGCCCAUCAAGACCCACGAGGACGUAGACGAGCUCACCCGCAACAUGGCUUCUAUGGACACCGGUGCUGCUGGCAGCAGUGCUGCUGCAGUCGUUGGGCCAUCAGCUAUAGCAUCGCCGCGGGUAUCGCUGGAGAAGCCGCGCGCGUCCCUUUCGGCAGAUGAUGCCCAAAAGACAAAGCGGUCGUUUGAUGAUGACGAAAUCUCUGUUGACAGUAUCUUGGAGGAUACGAAUGAUGCCAACCACAACUCGGAGAGCAUGGAUUACUUCCUCAAGGACGAGGACUCCGACGGUACCGACGAUGACGACGAUGACGACGAUGACGAGGACAAGGACAUUUAAACUACAUUUUUUUCUUAUCUCUUUCC